AUUGCCUCUGCUGGAUCAGUUGAAACAAAGACCAGGAUCCACUGCGGCCCUUGAGGAACGGUUUUCCCAGCCCUGACCUAGACAGAAAAGGGUUUAGAGGGCCUCAUUCAAUAUAUAUGUGACCCAAUAAUCUUCUGAUGCCCCCCUUUUUGCUAUGCCACAGCAGGACAAGCACAUUCCUCUGCCACGUUGUGUGCAUGUCUAGCCCAGCUUUCAUCGGAGCCACUCGAUUCCACCAAACCGGACCCACAGCUGCGUGAACUUGGACACAUCCCCCGACUUAGUGUACGUGGGCCUGUGUGUGUGUUUGCAAGGCUGGUUGGAAUCUGCAUUUUACUGAAGGAUUUUUAGGGGUUGCAAGGGGAAGGGAUUUUAUUUUUUAUGUUGAUUUUACCCUAAUCAGUCCCCUCCCAGCCCAAAAUGGAUGCUGUCGACAGGAUGUGGAAGUGCCCCUGGAUUAGCCGCUGAUGUGAGUGACUAUUGAGGUGGGAAGAAAGUUUUGGAUAAUCCAGGCACGGCAGAGAAUGUGCAAAAUGCAGUCCGGAGUGAAGACACUCUCCGCAGGUGGAGGUGCGUCCCUUUGCUGUCUGCUGCUCCUCUGGCUCAUUUACUCCCACCUGCUCCGAGAGGGCCAGUUGGCGGUGGGAACCUGCGAGAUAGUGAUGCUCAACAGGGACAGCAGCAUUCCCAGACGAACUAUUGCCAGGCAGACAGCCCGCUGCGCCUGCCGGAGAGGUCAGAUCGCCGGCACCACACGGGCGAGGCCGGCAUGCGUCGAUGCGCGAAUUGUGCGUAGUCGUCAGUGGUGUGAGAUGACUCCCUGUGUGGAGGGCGAGGUCUGCAGCCUCCUUUUCAACCGCUCAGGGUGGACCUGCACCAGAAGCAGCGGACGCAUCAAGACCGUUACGCCUUUGCCCAAAGAGCCGUCGUAGGAUGCAGCGGUGGAAAAAAGACAAGGUGGAAGUUCACUGAUCCAUGCUGUGAGAUGGGCUGUGGCCAAUCACUACAGAACAUUAUGUCUGCCCAACAAAAACGUUCACAAGCUCGAAGCCACGUCUUUACUUUUUGCUUUUCCUUUUCUGGUUAGUUUCAACAUCGACUCUUCAAUGCAGUCACAUUUAUAUACAAAACAAUGAAACAAUUCCUGCGUAACAAAAGUACUGUAUCAGCAGUGAAACAUUCUUCUGGUUUGUCCAUACAAUCUGGAGGAGACUGCCAACGAGAAUUUAUAGGAAGAUCUUUCCAAAAUCACCCUUUUCAUCUUCUCCCUUUGCCAUUGUGAGGCCAUCCAAGGUGAUUUUAUGAACAUCCCUACGUUGCUGACUCACUGCUAAAUUCAGCCGGGCCAAAUGAGUUCACAGGACUCACUAGGAUGUAGCCAACAGACUCAGUGUGAACAAAGACAGUCUAAGCAUGGACAACCAGUACAGGACUCUUAUUGAGGUGGACACAUCACGUGAUAAAAUGACUAAUAUCUGGACAACCUAGUCAACAAAGGUCACCACAUGGUCAAAUGUGGCCAUUUUGAAUGACUCAGCAUACAAUAUAUGUUGUGUUUUUUAAGGAAUAGUUUUUGUCAAUGAAGCUCACGUCAUCAGAAGCAUUUACAGUAGCAGACCAAUGGUUCAAUGCGAGUGUGUGUGUGCGCUUGUGCACAUCCAAUUAUACACUGUGAAACAAAUCAUAUCAAACUGCAUUGUUGGUACGCUUUCAGGCCACAUUACCAAAAGACUAAGAAUUGGGCCCCAAUGUAAAGAAAAGGGGUGGCGGGGGCAACUACUACCAGAAUAAUAUUACCGGGUUACGACGUACUCGACCUGCGUGAUUUCGACUCUGUCAUAUUGUCUCGAGUCGUUUUUUUUUGUUAUUGUUGUUGUCUUUUCACGUAAACAGUUCCUUAUUGUACCUUACAGUAUGUUAUUUUUUACUUUAUUAAUUUGAUGUGUUCUGUCUUCACUUAACGUGAAGUUUUUCAGCUUGACAGACAGCAAACAAGGCAAUUGUGGUUUUUAAAGCUUUUUACUUCCUUCACUUUUAACAAUUUGUAAAGCUAUAAUACACAUUUAUCCAUUUACGUUCAAAAUGACACACAUUUUAACAAUAAAACCCUUGACACCAAACAAUUGGUGUUCAAACGUCCAUCUAGUCUCAUUAAUAUGUAAAUUUAGUCGGUUAAAUUAGCCUAAUUUGCCUAACAAAAGUCCACUAUCAUAAAUACUAUGAAUGCUGACAUAUUUAAAUUCUCAUAGCAAAUCACUCACACAUAACUCCACAAAUUGUAGCACUAAACUUAAUUACAAAUGCAUACACAAACAUAUUAGCUGAAAAAUUUGCUGCCUUAUGUGGGACAAACCAGAGCACAGCUGUCCUUUAUCCAUGUCAGACAAGUCUGCUCCUCAGUCAUUCAAGCCGACAGUCCAGCCAGACCCAACGUUGCCACCAGAGGGCAGUGUAUCCUCCAUCAUUAAACAAAAUACAAUGCUGUUGGACUAUUUGGAUAGUUACUUUGAGAUUUAGGGGUACUUAAAGGGUUAAUUCUGACUUUUUCUUCGGUUUACGUCGCCAGCGUACGAACAGAACUCAUUCGUAACCCGGGGAAUACCUGUACAUCGUAUUUAUUUUAAAGAAUAGUCAUACUGCAACCACAAACAGUAUACAGUUUACAGUACUUAUUCAGGUGACGCUUUACCAAAUGAAUAAGGAUAGGUUCCAAAAAUAAUUAAUUCGUGACCAGAGGUGGGUAGUAUCGCGUUCCAUUUACUCUGUUAAAUUUACUAGAGUACCAUUUUGAGAAUAAUGUACUUCUUAAAAUAGUUUUUCAAUGCCGUACUUUUUACAUUUACUUGAGUAGAUUUGUGAAGACUCUUACUUCGCUACUUUAGGCUACACUACAUUCAUUCCAUUUUCCUCUUUAUUCUACAUAUUAGAUUUUAUUUUAUCUUGCCAAGGAUUCCCACAGUGGCUCUACCAGUUUCACCAAAGAGACAGCACAACAAUAAUCUCAUAACUCAGUUACACCAUCAGAUGCAACAACACGUUCACAUGACCACACGCAAGCUUAGUCGGAAGUCCUCUGCUCACAGCAUGUUCAAUCACAUAGCAUCUUUAAAGCAGCAUUAAAAAAAUGAACUAUUUCACGUAGAGCGCUGACAUCAGCCUUACUCGAAAACGUGGAUUUCAACCUCUCUCCCAGUUUUUAUUUCGCAUCGAUAGACUACCUACAACCAGAGGUAUGGUCGUUUAAAUUUCAUGAUAAAAAAUAUAUUUUCUGCACUAGAGGGCAUUCACUCUUUGGAUGGGUGAUGUUUCAUUUCUGUAGAUUUUUUUAUUUUUUAGACAUUGUCUCGUCCGCCAUUUUGUCGCCAGACAGUGUAGAGCGUGUGGUUGAUCCCCGUAUUUUUCUCAGUCUACCUUUUUCACCAUCCUUUUUCGCAUCAUGUCCCCAAAAUGAAAACGGGAUCUUUGGUUGAUGCUGCUCCUGCUAAGAGGAAUGCCAUUACGAUGGUAACGAAGCUGAAUAUCAUCAGGAGGUCGGAGAAAUGCGAGACGCUGACGAACAUCGGUAACGCCUUCGUACCCGGGGACUACCUGUAAUUUGUUAGUAUGAUGUAUAAAACAUGUUUUUGGAUUGUUAUUUUGAGAUUUAGGAGGUAUUUAGGGGUACUUAAAGGGUUAAUUCCACCUUCUGUGGAAAUUCAGGUUACGGCGCCAGUGUAAGGACAGAACCCGGGGACCACCUGUAAUAGGUUAUAGUACAGUAUGAUGAUAAUAGUUCACAUAGAUGACAAUGUACUGGGAAAAGUAUACCAUUGUUUAAAAAAAAAAAAUCUGAUAUUGUUAGCGGUCACUCAUUACUUGAGUAUUCUUUUCACCCUAUACUUUUUUACUUUUACUUGAGUAAAUUUUUGGGAGGGUUACUUUUAAUUUGAAGUAACGCUAGUCUUAUUUGAGUAAAGUCUUUGGCUACUCUACCCACCUCUGUCUGCGGCUAGUGAAUACUGUAUAUGCGUUCAAAGACGAGGACUGUUAGGGAUGUUAUUAAAUUAAAUGUGUAUAAACUGGACAAGUAAUCGAACAGUGUUUUGCCAUAUCACACACAACACUUUUAAAGUAUAAAUGUUUGUUUGCGAAUUUACACCGGUAAAAACGAAAAAACAACGUGCCUCUGUUGUUAUUUGUUCAAUUAGUAAGCAAAAUUUUAUGCCAAGUAGUAUAUGACACAUCUACUUGGCGACAUUGGAAUCUGUUGGGAAUUUUUACAUUGACUUCUUAUAAUGACAAAUUUAUUUCGAAGAAAAAGAGAAUUCCUGUACAUAAAUAUGAAUGAAUUGCUCAAAGUUCCUUAAUGCUAAUUUUAUCCCUAAGAACUCGUAAUUUCUCUUUUUCUUUUCAGUGUGGCCCACAUUUUCUUUGGUAAAACACACACCAUCUGGCACUAAAUUGUGUAAUCGUGUUAAAAUUUUAAAGUCUUUGAAGAUGUUCUUUAUUCAUCCUGGUCUUCAUUUUAUGCUUAGAAAUAUUUAUAUCGUGAGGGUGGUGAGAUGAAAUGUAUCUGAAAGUAGUGUGGAAAAAAAUAUCUGCCAUCCAGAACAUUUCUCGUGUGAUCUAUUUGGGAAAACUGUUCUAAAAUCAACUCUAUUUUAAUAUGAAAUGUUUUGUUUAACUUUAAGUGCUAUUAGCUGAGUUCAGAUAUUUGAUAUAUUUGACAUGAUGUACUGUAUAUAUAUAUAUAAAUAUAUAUAAUGAUAAAAAUUACUGACAUACAUAAAUUACUUUUAUGUUCAAUGGGUGUCAUUGUAAGACAAAGAAGAGAGAAAAAGUGCAUUAGACCCCUCUCACAGUUAUCUUCACUUCUGCUGACUGUUACUAAUAAUUAAAAGGGAAUAGUGAGAAUAAACCAAUGUAUUAAUAAUGAGUAUCAAUUUAUAAUGAUAUAAAUCUUGCAGUAGUGCAAACCGGCAAUAGCGAUCCAAAAUAAAGCAGCAGGUAUGCCACGUUUACACGACAACGAUCUUGCACAAUAACGCAAAAGUGGCGUUUUGCCAUUAUUUUUAAUUCUGCGUUUACAUGACCAUUAUGUGUGGGGAAAACCGUGCACACAGAAGCGCAAAAGUGCAUGAAACCUCCAAUUUGCCCAUGUAGUACGCAUUCCCAAUGUGUAGGUGGCACCACCACCAAAACUUGAUUCCUCCUUCUAACCCUUCCAUUCUGCUGUUUCAGCAUUCGUCCUGGUGAAACGUUCAUGACAGUGUUUACUAAUCCUUAAUGUUGUAUACUGUAAAUGCCAAAUCAUAUUGGAGGUAUUGCCUCCUCGGCAGCCACCCGCCGCAAACAUGUUAUGCAUGUCGGUUGGCCCUCCUCCUUUUAAACCGUGGCCGUCUGUAAAUUUUCUGUUGCCGAAGUAUUCCCAUACCAGCAAUUUUGUUUUCUUCGAUGAGGGAAAAAAAACAUUGUGUAACACAGCUGACUCGCUGACACUGAGCAACAACCGGCGGGGGAGGGUUGAGCCAUGUAGCUGCAAGCGAGGGAUUUCUCCAUGCAUUUUUGGGACAUAAAAAAUACGUAAUGCCUUAGGGACUGUAUGUCGGAAAAUUUUCGCGGUUUUGAAACCUUAACGUUUUCAUACCAUGCUAUACCUUGAAACCAGUAAACGACACGUCUAGUUUUCAUAAACUGUCGGACUGUCCGCGUGCCCUGACGUCAUCAGUAUCUUCACCCCUUUAACUGACAAAUAUAUUGGAACAUUAUCGCCACCUACUGUUCUGAAGUACGAAGUCCGUUGUCACUCACUUUUGCAUUGUCAACUAUAGACGGCAACGACAGGGGGGAGCGUUUUCAAGAUUUCAAUUCUGGAAAGAGUUUUCAUAUUUUUGUGUUUUCAGCCCCCCAUAAUGCCGUCGAUAGUGCUCUCCUGAAAAGUUUUUGCAUUGUCACUCUCUUUACCGUUGUCGUGUAAACGGCCCCUAAGUUUCCAAUGUUUUUGACAGGGGCAUAUGAAACCUGAGAUAAUAAUUUCAUGUUUAAUAUAUCAUGCAACUUUUUAAAAAAUGUUUUUUUUUUCUCAUAAUUGUUCCAUAAUAAUACAAUCAAAUGGUAAUAUUUUUAUGUCGUGCUCAAUAUUGCACUUUAAUUUUGUCUCUUGCCCUGUACAGUAAAUAACUUGACUUCACAUCUCUUUAGUUGGCAGUAGCUCUACAGUAAAUAACUUGACUUCAUGUCUCUUCAGUUGGCAGUAAAAAACAGGGAAAACAACUGAACAAUUCUAAGAUCAUUUUAGUACCGGAAGAGGACUUUAGAAGGAGUAUAUUAGAGAGAUGAGACACCCUUUAUGCAAUGUAGUCAAUAUUCAUAACAUUAGCAGUCCCUAAUCUUUGUUGAGCCACUGACCAUCAGAAAAAUAGUGAUGAAAUAUACAACUUAACCAACAUUCCCUAGUCCAGGGGUCAGCAACCCGUGGCUCUAGUGCUGCCAUAGUGGCUCCCUGGAGCUUUUUCAAAAAUGUUUGAAAAUGGAAAAAGAUUCGGCAGGGAAAUAUAUUUUUUGUUUUAAUAUGGUUCUUGUAGGAGGACAAAUGUGAUACAAACCUUCUUUUAUUAGUGCACCUUCAAUGAAUGGCCUAUUUUAAAACCGUCUUCAUGUAUAGGGCGCACUGCAUUAUAAGGCGCAGUAGUAGUAGUAGUUGUGGUUGGCAUUGCGUUAUGCAUCUACAAGAUGGAGCUGAGCUAAAUGGAAUGUCAUGCCAUGAUUAACCAAUAUUGAUCCAUAUACUGCAUAAGGCACAUCAGAUUAUAAGGAGCACUGUUGGCUUUUGAGAAAAUUGAAGGCUUUCAGGUGCACCUUAUAGUGCAGAAAAUACGGUAAUCAUGAAGGCUCAUUAUGUAUUGGUAGCCAACUUAGUCAUUUUGAUAGUAGGCUAAUAAAGCAAAGAUAGACGCAUACAGCAUGUGUUGACUUCAUUAUAAGGCUUAUAUAAGGCUUUUAUUUUGUUUGCAGCUCCAGACAUAUUUGUUUUUUGUUUUUGUUUUUUUUUUUUGCUCCAAUAUGGCUGUUUCGCAUCUUGGGUUGCCAACCCCGGCCCUAGUCUGACUGAUCAAAUCAACUUUGCUAUGUUUGUUGAAGGUAAAUGAAUUAAUGACAGGCUUAAGAAGAGGAACUCAUAUGUGGCUUUAUUUUGAUUCUAAAAUACUAUCAUCCUAAAUAAUUAAAUGUUAUUAACCCCAGUCUACUAUUGUUUCUUCCAGUACAUUUAGCUCAAUUGGCUACGGUCUACAGCGAGUGGAAGUGAAGAUAAGUCAAAGAGGAGAGAGAAUGGACACAAUAACAUGAACACCAGUAAACUGUUUUAAAAACAACACAAUACAGAAGUAGAAUUCUGCAAAAUAAAUAAGCAGUCUAUAAAACGCUUUUUUUUUAUUAUUGUUGGACAAAAGCAUUGUAUUGCAUCAUAAUGUGCUGGUGUCCCUGUUAAUGUGACUAGCUUCUUUUUUGUUUUGUUUUUCUCUUUUUGUUCUUUGUUUGUACUUAAUAUCCUGUACAUCUUUGUUGUAAUGUAUGCAUUUGAUGAUAAAAAGAGAGCAUCUGCUCAGCGGAAUAAUGACUCUUCUUUGUUUGACUGCUUGUGCGUGUUUGUGUGUAUGCGUGCUCUCAUUGUCGUCGGUCGGCAUGGUGGCAAAAUAUAUUUUUGCACUUGAUCUCAUACCUUUGAUUUCAUGGUGCUUAGUUUAUCACCAGUUUGGACAACACUCAAAAAUUGUAUGUCUGUGAUUUGUUUGGGAAAACAGCCAGUCAGACUGAGCAAAUAUGAGAAAUAAAAUCUCUUAAAGUAAUAGAACUAGUUUAAAUGACCUUCAUGUGAAAGAUGGUUGCUCAAAGAAUCUAAAUAUGCAAAUCACGAAUUUCUAAGAACUACGAUAAUGGAGAAAAUAAUGUUCAAAGACAGAAAAUGACGAUGCUUUUGAGUUUAGCCAUUGUGUGACAAACAUGUAAUCAGUCACACCACGUGGAUACAGCACAUAAACACUGACAAACUCGAACCAGGUAAAUUGUAGCUUUGAAUACAGGUACACACUUUUUAUUAGGGGUGGUAACCUCUGGGUACCUUACAAUACGAUUUGCGAUACAAGGCUCACGAUAACAAUCUGACUAGAUGGUGGCACAACAAUUAGUCAAGAAAUCCUUCUAGGAUAUUCUACACAACUAAUAAAGAGAAAAACAAGCUAUUUUCGCCCUUGUGCUCGGAAUUGGUAGGAGUUUAUAACUAUUAGACAUCCAAUCUAUUUGAAGUGGAAGGGUCCCACUUGAAACGAAUUGGACGUCUAUGGACGUCUGGCAGCCAAUGCCAGGCAAUGAGUUCAUUUUGGGGUAUUUCACGUCAUUUCUUGUUGAUUUUCUGUCACUUCCUUUUCUUUUUGGAGCAUUUACAGGUCACUUCCUGUUGAUUUUGGGUUAAUGCAGUGCUUCUCAAUUAUUUUCUGUCACGCCCGCCCCAAGGAAGCCGUAAAUGUUUCGCGCCCUCCAAACUCUCUGCCGCCACUGUAAAUAGUAUCAUUUGUCUAUAAAAUUACUAUUAUAAAUACGCAUCUGCCUAACAUUGUGUCCUUUUUUUUUCUAAUGAAGAAAAAAAGUGACAUAGAUCAACUUAUAAUAAAGUAUAACUUUAUUAACAUUGUUUUGAUUGUAACAGAGAAGACUUGACGUGCAUCAAUUUGUCUGAAUUAAAAAAAAAGUCACUUCCAAACUGUAAAAAAUACACUCAAGGUACAUUUGUGACCAUUUGAUACAGAACAAUAAAAUGUGAUAAAAUCAGUAAACAAUAACAAAUUAAAAUUGAUUAGAAACAUUCACUCAUGAGGACAAUAUGCCAAAAAAUUUGACCGAAAAAACAAAACUGAAUAAAAGAAAAAAAAGAGUGUCCUUGGACAGGGCAGUUUUUAUUUUUGCUGCUCACAGUAUUUACCUCCUUUGCAAUGGUGUGGAGUUAUUUUGCAAAGAGCAUGCUAACAAUGCUCACUGGAUUAUUGACAUAACACUGACAAAGCAGGACGAUUGUUGGCAAUAUUCGGCACGUUUUCACUGAAAAACAAUCAAGCGGCUUAUCAAUGAGAUUGGGGUCUAUUGUCUUUAAGUGGCGUCUUAAUUGAUUUGGCUUCUGGCUGUCCGCUAUAAUUAUUAUUAGACACAGUAAACAGUGGUCUUUCCUCAUCACGCACUAUAUUAAAAUUCAAAGCUAAAGGCAAACAGCACGAAAAAAGCGCAUUCUCGGCGGCCGAGGUAGAACCGUAGGUGAGGGCGGUCGUCGUGACGAUCCCAAGCCGAAAAUGGCACUUCUGAACCGUGAGAACCGGACAAGACAGUGGGUCGCUGCGUGAGUGAGUCCGGUCGGAAAACGGCUUUUGAAAACGGCGGUGGCACACUGCUCUUCAUAUCUGUUUUCUGUGUGUGUGCUGAGUGCUCUUCCUUAGUUCAAAAAUACUGCGCGCACUCUGAAAAUGAGAGCGCCACUGCCACCUACUGAGUGGAUGUGCAAGUACACUUUAUUCCAGAACAGCAACAAAAAAAACAAAAAAAAAUGCAUGUUCCCCGAGGUCACAUGCGCCCCCCCCUGGCAUCGCUCUGCGCCCCCCCAGGGGGGCGAGCCCCACUAUUUGAGAAGUACUGGGUUAAUGAAAAAGAAGUGACCCAAGAAGGUCCCCAAAUGCACAGGAGGUAACCUCUAUAUGCCCUAAUAUGAACAGAAAUGACCUGUAAAUCCCCACAAAAGACUGGCUCUGAAAGCUCUGGUUUCAGUACCAUUGACAGUGCUAGACAUCCAAUGCAGUCAAAAUAAAUUGGAUGCCAACACACUAUUCUAAUGGAAGAUUUUUUAAAACAGUGACACCUUUUUAAAACGACAUUUCGAUUCAUGGUGUAUCGAUAAGCUUUUGGGCUACAAAGUAUCGCGAUAUGUCACCACCUCAGACCCCUACUCUUUAUAGUUUGUGUACCUGCAUAAUAUAUCUCCGUCUUUGUCCUUUCUCUAUCUGAGAGUUAGGCAAACCCGUCUUCAGUUCAACAAUGACAAAAAUGCAUUGGAAGUUUAAAAAAAAAAAAAAAAAAAUCCACACCACUCUACAUCACUUCCAGUUAAUGGCCAACAGUUGGAGUGUAAAACUGGGACUAGAAAGGCGGAAUUGGCUACUUGGGUUUAUUUCAUGAUCAAAAGGACUGCAGAUUGGGGUUCAGUGAAGUGUUAUCUGUCUAAUUCAGCAAGUGCCCGCUGACAUGACAGUGGGACUUUUAAGUCUCGUGGUAGCAGUUUGACAAUGUGAUUUAUUUUUUUAUCCCUCUUUUUUUUAAUCCUAUUUUUCCCCCUUCCAGUUUUAAAGUGCCAACAUAACAAAUCUGUGGACAAUAGCUCUUGUCUUUUCUUGUCAUGCUAUAAAAUUACAAAUAUUCUGUACAUAUACUGUCCAGGUAACUUCUGUAAUGUUUCUUUGUUUUGAUUUAAAAAAAAAAAAAAAAAAUUAUGA